CAUCUGAAUUUUUCUGCUCCGACGAGCACGAUCUCGACUUUUCUCCUUAUCGGAACUUCGUUGAAUCGCCGUCGUCACAUGGUAGUGCAAUGUGUUCGUUGAAGAAAUAAUAGUACCGCUAGUCUUCACUUUGUUAGUAGCAUUCGUUCCUAAUAUCACCUUCGUCGGGUGAGAAAGGUAUCUCGCAAAAUCUAAGUAGGAAAACGAUCAGAAACAAUAAAUUUGAGUGUCUUUCGUCUUCAAAGUGGGUGAUAUUUUCGGAGGACAUAAGGAAAGAAAAUAGGAAAAAUUGUUAUGAAUACCGUGUCGAAAUGCAAUAAUUCGCUCAUGUUGGUUUCCAAAAAAAGACGAAGAAAUGCGGUGCCUGUCGCUUUAAUUACAAUGCAUUCGAUGAUGGUUUUACUGUCUUCGCUUCCCUUUAGUACCUCCUUCUCGUUUGCUUCAGGAAACAAUCGUGCUCGCUGGAAGACUCCCGAACCACUGUCCUCCUUCCGAACUGGUUUGCAAAUGUCAUCUGAUUGGAGCGAUGGGGACAAUGAUUCUAAUAAGUGGCAAUCCUCGAAUAUCGACGGAAUAGUUGAUUGGGAAGACACUUUAGCGCGAAAAAACGAUGGUAGCUUCUGGGCGACGUUUGAAUCGUCCGAAGUGGAAGGUGAAGUCACUGAUUCGAAAAAUGACAGCGAAAACGACGACGACGAACUCCAGGAUGACUCCGAGCUAUGGCUGGACACAUUGGCUGCCAUAUCGGCAGAAGAAAUAGAAUUCAACCAGAGAGACAACGAGCGUGCUGACAAGGCCCGUCAAAUGCAGGAAUGGGGUUUUGAUGGUGAGACAAUUAAAAACACAUUUGAUAUUGAAGUGGACGAUUCCCUCGAAACAAAAGACGAAAUAGCUGGUAUGAAGGAGUACAGAAAGGAGUUGUAUGAUUUUGACGAGGAGGAAGACGACUGGAACACCGUUGAAUCGCACACGAGAGUGGAAAGAGAUCCUGAUUCGGGAGAAUCUAUUCGUSAGCAAAUGGUCUAUGUAGAUGAACACACUUGUAUUGGCUGCACCAACUGCGCCAUGAUCGCACAGUCGACGUUUUUCAUGGAAGACGAACACGGUAGGGCGCGGGUCUUCAACCAGUGGGGCGAUGAUGAUGAAACUAUUGCAUGUGCUAUCGAAACAUGCCCGGUAGAUUGCAUCCAUUACGUCUCGUACGAUGAACUCGUCAGACUAGAAACGGAUCGCCGUGGACAAAACAUCAAUUUCAAAGCUCGGUUCGUCAACCAGGGCGAAGCGGGCAACAAGGUCACCGUAGGUGCCAGUGCCUACACAGCACCACAAGAAAUCUCUAGUAAUGCUGGCUCUCGAUGCAAUAACUGUCCCUCGAGAGGUUGCAAAAAUUGUCCAAUGUUUGGGGUUGGGAAAAAUCCCGAGUUCGAAAGGAGAGAACAAGAAAGAAAKGCAAGGAUCGAACGUAAUCGUUUACAGAAACAAAGAAAAGAAGAUAGCAAGAGUGCCGAGUUAUAGUAAAUGUACCAGCAGCAAAAGAUCCCAACUACGAUGUUUCAGACCAGAUUGAGCGUUUCCAGCCUUGUGUAAUCUGUCCUGUUAAGUUCGGAAUAGUUGCUCUAAAGUGAGAAUAGAAAAAUUCUGAACAC